AUGGACUCGGCUCGUAGUGGAAACAUUUGUCGGCGUUUCAUAAAUGGCUCUUGCAGAUUUGGUUCAAGAUGCAAAUAUCGUCAUGAAUGGCCAACCAUUCACUCAUCCCAAAUAUGUCGGUAUUAUCAGAAAGGUGGAUGCUGGUAUGGUGAGCGCUGCAGGUUUUUCCAUGUUCUUCAGUCUGAAGCUGGCACAACUGUUGCAGGAAGAAGGGCUUCAGUACCUACGGUCUCCUCCUCCAGUGUGGCUCACGCGUCACCUGAUAGGCGAGGGUCAGAACCUGCAGUUCUGCAAGCUGAGGUGACAUCUGAACAAGAGUGCAGCAGAUCAGAGUUGGUAGCUGAUAUCUCAAACCCUCAAUGCGACACUGGGCACCUGCCAGCGAAUCUCGCUGAGGAGCAGUCAGAAGAAUCUGGUCUGGGAUCGUCUCAGGGCUCAGAAGCUGCUGAAGCAGGUGCCUGGGAUGGAAGAAAUGAGGAGAUCUCCCCAUCUGAAACCCCAGAGAAUGGGGCUGCUGCUGCAGCCUCUGGUUCUCAGGGAAGAGAGGAGGAAACUGAGGCCUUCCUCAGGAGCAAAGACGUGACCUGUGGGAUCUGCAUGGACAAGGUGUAUGAAAAGACUGAUCCGAAAAGCGGUGUCUUUGGCAUCUUGCCCAACUGCAAUCACUCCUUCUGUUUACAAUGCAUAAUGACCUGGAGGAAGACCAAAGACCUCGGCCUGGAUGUGAUAAAACGCUGCCCACAGUGCCGCGUGAGGUCUGCCUUUUAUAUGCCGCACAAAUACUGGGUUGAAGGACAAGAAAAGGAAGAUCUAAUUACUGAGUUCAAGGGAAAAUUCAGUAAGAAAUCCUGCACCUACUACUCUCGAUACCAAUGCUGCCCCUUCAAAAGCGAGUGCCUUUACCGACAUGACAAAAGUCGACACAGCGCGUCCUUUCUGCAUUUUGGAGAAGAUGACUUUGAGGAUGAAGACGAUGGAGUGGAUCUAAUUAGUUUCUUCAUAGCCAUGACCCUUCUUGGUGAUGGUGAUGAUGACGACCUUGAAUUUACUUUUUUACCUUACUAA